AACGCACAAGAAACGUAUUGGUUACGACCGUUACGGCGUUAUACGUUUCUUGUGCGUUUAUCUACGUUACGUUACCAUACGAGAGCUUGUGCGGAGGCUCUAACCGAUACGUUUCUUGUGCGUUGAUUCACGUUACGUUACGCUACGUGACCAUACGAGAGUCUUGUGCGGUGGCUCUAAGGCAUAAAACAUUGCCAAGACAGCCAUUCUGCUUAGGCCCUAAGGGUGCAAACCCAUGCAGCGGAACGCUUGUGAUUGGUCAAAGCUCUCGUUCCGCGAUUUUCUGCGUUCCGCUGCAUGAGUUUGCACCCUGAGUUCUAACUUCGUGUUUGGCAUGGCAAUUUUUCAAUUACUGUUUAUCAGGAUAGAUAUAAAACAAGUAGAUUGCAUGAUUUUGUGACGAUGCAACAUUUGGACGUUCGUCUGUUAAUUUUUCUGGCCAGUUGGGAAGUAACGGAAUAAUGGAGGAGAAAAGAGAAAUACCAUCAAUGCUAAGAAAGUUUUUAGCCGUUGACGCUUAUUUAACUAAUGCAUUUGUUAAGUGGGCAGAGCAAGUUUCACUUUUGAGACGACUUAAAGCACAUAACAAAACCCUAGACAUAUCGUGUCAUAGCAUAGCGUGGCUGGUAACUAAUCUCAUGUUAAUCUGGGUUUUUAACAACUCAAAUUUAUAUCAGAUGCAAGUUAAUCUUUUAAUAGGUCUGACGCUCGAUAUUAUUCUAGUUGUUACACUAAAAGCAAUAACGAGAAGGAGACGACCUACGAUCAAUGGCAGUUUGGCUCCCGAAAAAGACUCAUUUCCAUCCGGCCAUUCGACUCGCGCAGCAUUUAUCACAUAUUUUUUCCUUAAUUUAUGGCCUAUACCCUUAAUAUGUGUACCAUUCUUGUUAGCAUGGUCCUUUUCAGUAUGCAUGUCCAAACUACUAGUGAGAAAACAUCAUAUAAUUGACAUUUUAGCAGGAAUAAUUCUUGGUAUAUUCCAAGGUUUGCUAAUAGGAUACAUAUAUCUGAAACAAGAGACUUGCGCGAGUUUAGUUUGGUGGAUUACGGACGAAAAAAUAUCCGGUGCCGAGUAUGAUGUUUGAAUAUAUCGUUAUUUCCUAUGCAAGAAAAUAAUCCACUUUGUUUCUCUUUUUUAUCGAGACUAUCUCGAUUGUUGAGUUUUUAUGGUUAUAUGCGUGCGCAACUAAUUAAUUAGUAUUUUACCAAAAUAUUUUUACAUGAUAUACAAGUAUGUAUACUCCGACAUAUAUGGCAUGCCGUUUUACUUUUUAAUAGCAAACAUUUUUAGUAUACA